AAAAAAAUAUUUAUUUAUAUCGCAUCAAAACACAGAGCAGAGCUGUGGCGCUGCGCCUGCGCCAUUAACCUGGUACACAUUUCAAUGAUCACAUAGUGACACGACCCCAUAUAUAGAUGACUAUAUAGAUCAACGGUUUUUCUCAUGAGAAUUUUUCAUAUUAAUCAUUUCUUUUUGAAACUGAUUAAUUAUAUUUUUUUAAGUGAUCGAGUGAUUAAGUGAUUAAUAAAAAAAUUUUUAAAUACUUAUAUGAUCAAUAUGAGUAACUCUACUUUUCCCACUUGCAAUGCCCUACCCUCGUCUCAAACAGAGAUGGAUGGUGAACGAAAUUUGCAGAGAAAUAUUUUUAAUGGCUCAAAAUUGCGGAGAACUGCAUCUCUACAAUACGUUUUUUCUUCAUUUCAGAAUCAACAACGCAAUCUACUCCGUAGAUCGCAAUCAAAUCCCGAUUUCAGUGAUAAGAACACUCGGGUCUAUGAUGAUAACAUUAACUACGGUGUGGGACUUUUUACUUUAUCUAUCUACGAAGAAUUCUCUUCCAAGCAAAAGGAAGACAAGGAAGCGCAGAACGAAAAAGUUUAUGAAGCCAAAGGUGUUUUUACGCAAACACCUAAACCAGAUCACAAAUUGGAUAAACAUCCUACAACCUAUAAACCAGGGGGAGAUGUGCCCGACAUCUGUAAAUGUCUCUUGGAAAGUCAAUCACAAACAGAUAAUCGCAGUAUCAUUCGGAGCAUCAAUAGCGGGAAGACGCAAUCCCAGAAAACACAUGGUCAAGUCUCGGCAGAGUACCGAUCUGGCCAAUUUCCCUUUACAUAUCCUUCCACGAAAUCAGGAUCUGGAAGUGAUGGCAAGGCGAGAGCGUUGGGACCAUGCCAAUUGUUCAGAAAUGAACGCAUGGACUCACUUGAGUCAAGUAAGGCCCAACACUCCAAUUCGGACUCUCACAAUAGACGUAGCAGAUGGAACGGCGAAGUAUCCCUGCCUAAAUUGCAAGAUGUCCCGUGUCACCUUCUUGAUCAACUGAAGGAUGAACUUCACGCCUUCACGGAACGAAAGAAUCAGCGGUUUCUUAAUGCGAGUUUUAGAGAACGUCUUGCUAAAACCUUUGGAAUCGCUGAAAUUUUUCCUUUAUAUCUAGACCGUUCUGAAUAUGUAAUGUGGUUUUUAAAUGAAGAUAAAUGUUUGCAUAUGUGGAAUGACAUGGAGAAUAGUUUGAUAUAUAUGGGAUCCGACUUGGAAGAAGGAGUCAAGAAUUAUCUAAUACAUCCGGAUAAGUUGUGUUAUGUCAUCGAAGACACUCAUGAGAGGGUACCCGUAAAUGAAGAAGAACGUCGUUUGGAUGAAGAAUUCAAAAAUCACAUGGAGGAGAUAGGGUUUGAGAAGAUGCUUUUGGAGGCUAAGGCUAAUAUUAUGGCUUCAAAAGAAGAAAAAGCAAGAAAGAAGUUGAAUAAGAAGUUGAGUAAGAAGUUGAGAAAGAAUAAAUAAUUCAAUCACUUCAUUGCUUAAAAAGACAUUAUAAUUUGCAAUAUACAAGAAGAAGCUGAUCGAUUACAAUAUAAUUCGAAUAUACUGUAUGUCUGUAUUGUUUAAUAAUUAUUAUUCAGGAAACACAUGAUAAAUAUGCAAUAUUGUAAUCUUAAUUAUUAAAACCUUUUAGAAUUGUAUAAUUUAGAAUUAAAAAAGCAUAAAUAAAACUGCAAUCU